AUGAUGUUAUUAAACAAACUGUUGCAAAAAUCAAAUACGCAUCAAACACUUGUCUCUCAAGUGUUUCAUGAUAGAAUCAUAGAUCUUUUCAAGGCAAUUGAUGCUUUAUUAGAUACUCACCCAUAUGCAGAGCAGCUGGAGAAAAACAUUUGGCUGGAAAAUGCUGCAGAAAAUAGCGAGCCAAAUGAAGUAGAGAGCGCCCAUGCUGAAGAAUAUCCAGUAGAAGAAGCACAUACAGGCAUUGUGAAUAAUGAAACACAAUCAACGCACUAUGAAAACCAAGUAGACGAAACAAAUCAGAUUUCACAUAGUAUUUCAAAUGAAAAUUCAACUAUGCUUGAUAAAAAUCUUGCUUAUGCUGUCGCAAUGAUCAAGCUUAUUUAUAUACCACUAGCGAUUUCAGUCUUUGCGUCUGUUAGUUUUCUAUACACUUCAUUUUUUGUUAGAUAUCUUAAAGCAGUGGAAAUUCAUAUAAUUUCUAAUAACGCAUCUGGUGCUAUCUGUAUACUUAAUUUUAUACUUCUGGUUUUUUUAAAAAUGGGUUAUUUUUUCAUAUAUCCUAUAGUUAUAUCUGUUCAAAUAAUACAAAAGGCAUAUAUUACUAGCGGCAUAGUAUAUGAAAAUGCAGCCAUGUGUAUAAUUAGCCUGUUAUUUGCGGGUGCGGCUAUAUACGCUGGAACUUAUAUUAUCUUAAUAGUACUAGGAAAAUUCUUGAUGAAUCCAAGAAUGUUUAUGCAUGCUAUGAGCGGUUGCAUUCUGCUCUUUGUGUUAUACGCAAUGUAUCUAUAUUAUGAAUUCCAGAGAUUUCAAAAGGCAAGCCAAAAUGCGCGUAUAUUGCAGAGAAUUGGCACAAUGCAAAAAAUAUACUUGUUAAAUCUUGCAUACACUGCGCUGUGCCUAUUUUUAGCGACAGUGUCUGUUCUGGUUUCAAUAGUAUAUCUAGGAACAUUCAGUGUUUUCAAAUUACUUCCUAUCUUACUAGGAACCAUGAUAAUAAUUACAUACCAUGGGUAAGAUUGAUUUCAAUAUGAAUAAAUCAUGAUUAAAGUUCACAA